AAGUGGAGGAUGGGGAAUUAAGGGAAAUAAAACAAGAGAUAGAGCUUCUGCUGACCAAUGAGAGGAUAUGAAAUAAACUAAUUCGUGUAAUUUAGAUUUUUUAAAAUACAUUUUACGUUGUAACCCAAUACAGAUAUGUGUAUGUUUAGCUGUAAUGGAUGUUUCACAAAUCAUUAUUUACCUUGAUUAUGUUCAAUAUUCCCUACUUUUGUCUUCUUUGAUUUUUUAAAAUCUUAGUCACAACCCCUAAAUUGUUUUCACACCUUGCUAAUGAGAUAGGACCUGUAGUUGGAGAACUGCACUGCACCUCAGUGAAAAGCACACUGCUCAACACUCUCUGACAAAGGCUCCAGAACCAUUUAAGCACAGAUGUUUUUGCAAAGAAAGAAAACAGUUUGCCUCGUUUCCAUUUUUUACAGAUACAUUUUGAAUUCAUUUCUAUUUCUGUUUGAAAUUUAGAAGUACAAUGUUGCAGGCAAAAAAUGGUUCCCCCAAAGAAGUCCAUGUCCUAAUCUUAGGAAACUUUGUAUUUGUUUCCUUACAUGGCAGAGGAGAAUUAAAUUUGCAGAUAGCAUUAAGGUUGUCAAUAGCCAACUUUAAAAUUGGGAGACUAUCCUGUGUUAUCUAGUUGGGCCCGAUGGAGUCACAAAGGUCCUUAAAAGUGGAAAAGGUAUGGCACCUGGUGGCUCAGUCAGUUGGGCUCCUGACUUUGACUCAGGUCAUGACCUCAUAGUUUGUGAGGUCAAGCACUACAUUGGGCUUGGGGCUCACUGAUGUCAGUGCAGAGCCUGCUUCAUAUCCUCUGUCCCCCUCUCUCUGUCACUCCCCUGCUUGCACUCUCUCAAAAAUAAAUAAGAAAACAUUAAACAGUGGAAAAGGGAGACAGAUCAGAAAGAUGCAAUGUGAACAGGACUCCACUUGCUUUUGCUGCAUUGGAAGAUGGAAGAAGAGAGCCACCAGCCAAGGAGUGUGGGCUGUGGGUUGACUCUAGAAGCUGGGGGGAAAAACAAAACAAACAAACAAACAACAACAACAACAAACAAGGACAUGAAUCUUACCUAGAGCCUAAAGAAAGGAAUUCAGCCUUACCAAUGCUUUGAUUUUAGCUGGUGAAACCAAAUCAAACUUCUGGCCUACAGAACUGUAAGACAAUAGUUUUGUGUGUUUAAGCCACUAAAACUUGUGGCAAUGUGUUACAGCAGCAGAUGCAAAAAUAAUUUAUGAGUACAGUUAGAAAAGCUGGAUCUAUUCGAUUGCUAAGAAACUGGUAACUACAAAUCCCAUAAUUCUAACCUCUGAGGAAGGAGCUCUAAGCUUCAGAUAAGUUUUACAAAUUCAAGCAGAGCUGCUUGGCAACAAGAAAAAUAAACAGUUUCAGGAGAAACCCACAGGAGAUUGGAAUCGCCAAUGUCUUCCUGACUGUGUCUCUUGGUUCCAGAUCUAAUACUUCAUUGAGAAAGGAUGUGGACUCUCAAAUACUACAACUGUGAGUGCUGUGGGAGUGAUUUUGUCAGCUGCAAGGCUCUGAAGUAUCACUUUCAACAGAAGCAUUUUGGAAAAGUUCACUAUGAAAAAUUUGGCCAAGAAGUCCUGAGGGAGAAGCUCCAAGAUCACAGUAAGUCUUUACAUGACAGGUCAGCCAUGGAGACACACAAGCUCAACUGGGAAAAUCUAGAAGAAAGGAAUAUAAAGCAUAUGGCUGCAGAAAUAUCAAAAACCUGCAGGAUGUGUUCUAGGCACUUUGGAACCAUCCUUAGUCGGGAGAAGCAUGAAAUACAAGAACAUCACUUCACAGCCAGAAAAAGAGCCCAAAUGUCUACAGGAUUUUCACCUCAUAAUAUGUUGGAGUGUAAAAGUCCCCAAGAGCUACAGAGAUUUGCAGAUAAAAAUAUCCGCCCUGCCUCUGGUCAUCUGAGCACUGCAUGUGUGGCUGAAAUUGGGGCCCUGUUCAAGUUGAUCCAGGAUUGCUUUCCGGUGCCGGCCUCCCGAGUGAUCCAGGGUGGUUCUUAUAUAAAGGGGACUGACACCCAAGGAUGCUCAGAGAUUGACAUCGUGUUGUUCAGUGAUGUGUUUGCCAAUGUGAACCAUUGCAAAAAACAACUGAGAGAUGCUCUGGAUGCUCUGAGGGAAAACUUAAAGCAAACAUCAUGUGGAAACAGGAUCCUAAUGGGAAAGAGAGCACCAUUGUCUUUAAGAUUCAAUUUUUUAUGUACUGAAGGUCUUCACAAUCAUUCUUUUGAGAUCAUGGCCUGCUAUGAUGUCCUGGGGCAUGCACCCUCCACAGAUUUAAAACACCUUUACCGCAAACUGUAUCUCUGUAACGACAGUGACUCAGCACAGCUGUGUGCCUUGGCCCUCUUGCCGUACCAAGUGGAUUUUGUCAAGGCAUCUGUGGUGAGGGUGAAGGAGCUCAUUCGUUUAAUGAUACAUUGGUUCAAGACGUCAUUUGCCAAGUCCACCGAGGAAAAUAAAUUCCGCAGACUUCCCUCCUCUUACACAGUGGAGCUCCUCACAAUUCACAUCUGGGAACUGGCAGGAAAGCCGCUGUUGUUCAGCCUGGUGCAGGGAAUGAGGGCAGUCCUCAAACUUCUGGUUCGAUACACAGAAAUUGAUGUCGUUUGGCACAGACACUACCAUCCCAAGUUCCCCAUUUUUGUAAAGGUUAACCAGAAACACACCAGGCCGUUCAUUUUAGACCCCGUAAAUCCUACUGUCAACGUGUGUGACACCUGCAAUGCCUGGGACGAGGUUGCCCUGGUGGCGAGGCAUAGCCUGUUGAAGCCUCUUUUCAGCAGAGUAAGAGCUGAGCCCCCUUGGCUUUUCACAAACAACUGGUAAACUGGACAAGGAGCUACUCUCCUCAGAUUUUUUUUUUUUAAUUUUUAAAAUGUUUUUUAUUUUAUUUUUGAGACAGAGACAGAGACAGAAUGUGAACAGGAAAGAGAGGGAGACACAGAAUCUGAAGCAGGCUCCAGGCUCUGAGCUGGAAGCACAAAGCCAGAUGCAGGGCUCGAACCCAUGAAUCGUGAGAUCAAGACCUGAGCUGAAGCUGGAUGCUCAACUGAGUGAGCCUUCCAGGCACCCCUGUCCUAGAUUUCUAUGAAGAAAUUAUAAAGGACACAAAGCACAUUCCCAGUAAGAGUGCUCUGGACGAAAGGCAGCAGGAAGAAAGCUUGUCUUACUCUAAUUCACCAUAUUAGUAACCCAAUCUUUAAUCAACAUACUGAUGUAAGUCAUCAUUUAAGACAAAAGGAUCUAUUUCAACCUUUAGGAGAAUUGAAACAUCCUCCCCCAUGUUUUGGAUUUGUUUGCUUUGGUGGUCUCAUGACCAAAAAACAUUAAAACAAAAUCCAAGUAGCCACAGUGAAUAAAUAAAACAAAACUCCCAGGUCAUUUGAGAGACAGUUAUCUGAAAGGGUAAAAUAACUCCCAUUUUUUAGUUUUAAUUCACUAUCAUUUCAGGUUGACUUUUCAAUUCUCCUGGUAACCUAGUAUUUCAUUGGGUCACCUGUGUUUUCAAAAUUUCCCUAUGAAAACCUGCUUGCAUUAAGUAUGGUGUAUUCACUUCCAGACAUAAACUUACAAAUGAAUACAUGGAAAGAUGGAAAUAUCUGGAAAAAACACAAUGGAUUGCCUCAAAAUAAACUGUUCCCCAAAUCA